AUGGAGGGUGGUUCGAAAAUAGACGAGACACAAUCGGUAGACGUAGAUCCCUUUUCUCAGGACAAAGAGACACCCGAUAUCACAAUGGCGAGACAUGCUGAUGAGGUCGUCAAGCGUAUGAUCCACGAGUUGCCAAAGAAUAUGCGUCGUGAUCGCUGGUCAAGAACGAACAAGGAUUUGUGUGAUGCCCAUCAGGGUCUGGAUGCAUAUCUCAUGGACGAUGUGUUCACUCUUAUCCAGAGAGAGGUCGGUCACCACCUUCGCAAGUUCGACGCGUACCCGGACUUGCUCAAGCCUCUCGAUAUAUUGAUCCUGCAGAAACUACAGGCUAUACAGGGCAUGUGGGUGAAACCUGACCCGAAAGACCCGGUUGGCUCAGAAGCUUGGCACUAUGAGACCAGCAACUGUCAAGCAUGUAUGGUGGCUCGGGUUGCGAGUGACAAGCAUGCAUUGCGCAAUCUUCGAAUAGUCCUGCUUUCUCGUACCCAGACUCGUUUGAACCAUGUUCCACGGAGACUUAUGAAGUUCGUCGACACCUGUAUUGAUCUAUUCCCUGAUGAUGUGGAUGAGUUGUAUGGCACAUCUAGCCAGUUCGCAUUCAUCCUGAAGGAUACCCGCAAGGCCUGCAGCAAGGCUUGGCUGAAAGACCCAGCACGUGCGGAUCAGAGACCCCCACAACGAAGGUACACCGAUCAUGACAAGAUUGGAAAAACGGACAAGGGUGACAAAACCGAAAAGGGUGACAAGAGUGCACGUAGCCAAAAACCGGCUAGUGAGUAUAACCCGAGGAAGAAGUAUCCCCAGCCACCACCUUCAAUCCCAUUAUCCCACCCCGCAGAAAGAGUAUAUCAUCCGACAUCGAGCCCCUCCCGGAGGGCUUCGAGAUCAUCGUACCACGUAAAGCGAGACCGAAGCUCGGACCCAACCCCGGAUCGCAUCACUAGAUUCAUGGAUUUCGCCGAUGACAACCAUCAAGGCUUAGGAAUAAGCAUGGAAAGGCCGAGUGCAAGCACCGUCUAUGGACCAGAAAAUCCCCCGUCAUCUGACGAUGCAAGCACUUUCUCGGGAACUAUGGAGGAAAUCAACGAAUUGCUUGAGAUGUACAAGGGCAAGGAGACAGACCCUGACUCGCGAAGCACGGAUUACCGCCCAAUGCAGGGGAGUAGCAGCGUCCCAUUACCGUGUCGCUCUCCGUCGAUCUGUUCCACCGAUAGUGAGAGGAGUGACGAAGAUGAAGACUAG